AUGUUGUUUUGGGGUCUGCCUUGGGUCCUACGGCUCCUACCACUCGUUACUGCCAACAGCUAUUCUGGCGCUCAGAAGACUGUCGCGCCGUCAUUGUCGAGUUGGAAGGCGCUAAACUCUUCAGUUGGGGGUAGAUUGCGCACUGGAGUUCCUCUUGCUCGACCAUGUUUCGAAUUAGCAGACACCGCUGGAGCUACCAACCAAUCUGAAUGUGCUGCGAUCCGUCAAGGAUGGUCCAACAGCCUGUUUCUCGUUGAGAAUUUUGGCGCCUACAUGAAUACACAAUGGGGAUCGUGCCAAGCCACUUCUCAAUCGUGUCUUAUUCAUGGUAUUAACAGCAGCGACCCGGCUCCUUCAGAUCCGCCUAACAUCUGUCGCCAGGGCAGCGUUCCGCCAUACUAUAUUGACGUCCGUGACGCAUCUGACGUGCAGAAAGCACUGGCUUUUUCAAAGAACACUGGCAUACCGCUUGUUGUGAAGAAUACCGGACAUGACUACCUCGGCCGAAGUAGUGCCCCUGGCGCGCUCGCGUUAUGGACCCAUAACCUCAAAGCGAUUUCAUACCAUGCAGCCUUCGUGCCCUCAGGUUGUCCUGUGUCUCGUGCAAAACCCGGAGUCACAAUGGGCGCUGGUGUCAUUAUCAACGAUGCGGUGGCUUUCGCAGAGCAACAUAACAUUACCCUCGUUCUCGGUGCUGAAACCUCCGUUGGGCCAUCUGGUGGAUGGGUCAUGGGCGGUGGUCAUGGAGCGCUUGCAAAUACGCAGGGCUUGGGCGCCGACCGUGUGCUCGAAUUCAAGCUUGUAACACCCACCGGCCAACUCCUUGUUGCCAAUGAAUGCCAACACACAGAUCUAUUUUGGGCUUUGCGCGGAGGUGGUGGCGGAACUUUCGGCGUCGUCCUUGAAAGUACCGCGCUUGCGGCGCCAAGGCUGACUCUUCAAGUUGCAUUCGCUGCAUUUUCGCGCAACAACACUAAUGCGACCCGCGGCUUGUACGAAGUGGUGGCCGAGAACUCAGUGUCGUGGGCACAGCAAGGUUUCGGCGGCUACAUUGAGCCCUACCAGGCAUUAUAUGUAACACCUACACUGAACAGUACGGCGACGGCUGUCACAAUGAAGCCGUUGUUCGACUAUGUGGCUUCCCUAGCUCCAAAAGACCCUGGAGUUCAAUUUUUCAGUGUAGAACUGCCUAGCUAUGGCGCCUUUCAUGAAGCAUUUCUUGCGGGAAGCGGUGCAACUGUAGGCGAAAAUGCAGCGAUUGCGUCUCGGUUGAUCCCGACAGCAAACUUCGCCAAUGCGAGCUCACGUGCGACACUGGUAGAUGCACUGAUGGAGACCCUUGCCCAUGUUACCUUUGAUCUGACCCUUAUUGCAACAACUCCCUUCAAUGUCCCAGACGAUGGGACGACUAGUGUGACCCCCGCGUGGCGGAACUCCAUCUGGCAUGCUGUCGCUGAGGGUGGGUGGGACGGUGCAGCUCCGCGAGCGCAAGAAAAAGUGGCUUAUAGUGGUAUAAGCGCUGCCGCUGACUUCCUGCGAGCAAUUACGCCUGGUGGUGGGGCAUAUCAAAAUGAAGCAGACGUUCACGAACCGAACCACGAGACAUCCUUCUGGGGGCCAAAUUACCCUCGGCUCCUCCAAAUCAAGAAAAAAUACGAUCCAGACAAUAUUUUAACCUGCUGGCACUGUGUGGGCUACAAUCCCGCCGACCCGCGAUUCGCUUGCUACAUCUAA